GCGUAACGAGGAGUGCGAGUGGGGGAGUUGAACGUCAAGCCCAAGGGAAGUAGGAGCGGUGUGGACAUGGCCGCCUUGUAACCCUAGGUCGACAUCCUCCAUUUCCAGAGAGAGGUCUCUCUAACUCGGAGAGAGCGUUCCGGGAGCGCGCUUGUGGAACGGGGGUUGACGCAGGGUCGUAACGGCCAGGCGGGAGAGGAGACGGAGGGCGCAGAUUGACGUGGUUUGGUGGAGCGAUGCGUCCAGGGCAGGGGUGAGAGAGCAGCGUGAGUUGGAGCCACUCCGACUGAGGUUGAGGGUUUGUUGGUGGUCAAUUGCCUGAAGCAUCUUGUGAGGGAAAGGGGCCUUGCAGUGGUGGUGGUAGCGUGAGGUCACUGCUUGCAGCCUUGUGCGUGGGUGCGUCGUACGGUCACACAGAUUGGGGGUUUUCUGGCUGACGUAAAGCAAAGUGGAAACAGGGAUUGGUGAGGUUUGAUACGCGGAAGUGAGAGUGCAUGCUUGAGUGAGCCUUUAGGAGAGCAGGGAAGCGAAGGCGAGGAAUGGCCAUGCAUGUGGCGGAGUCUCAUGUGGCUGCUGCGGAGGAGGUUCUUACCCGGAGGUGAUUGCAAGGACUGGGAGUGGUGGGAGGAGCAGUUGCUUGGGUGGCUCAGUGGCGAGUCACUUCCAGAUUUUCCAGGGCGCAGCAUGUGACUCGUCACCUGCAGUUUAUUGAAGAAGAAAUCCGUACAGAAUAAAAGGAAUACAACGGCGUCGUCUUCGAUGGAACCCCGCGUCGGCAACAAGUAUCGCCUUGGCCGGAAAAUUGGGAGUGGUUCCUUUGGUGAGAUCUACCUGGGGACCAAUCUCGUGACUCAUGAGGAGGUCGGCAUCAAGCUGGAGAGCAUCAAGGCCAAGCAUCCACAAUUGCUUUAUGAGUCCAAGUUGUACCGUAUUCUUCAAGGAGGAACUGGGAUUCCCAACAUCAGAUGGUACGGAAUUGAAGGAGACUAUAAUGUGAUGGUUCUUGAUCUUCUGGGACCCAGUCUUGAAGAUCUUUUCAAUUUCUGCAGCCGGAAAUUCUCUUUGAAGACAGUUCUCAUGCUUGCCGACCAGCUGAUCAAUCGAGUGGAGUAUGUGCAUGCCAAGAGUUUCCUCCACAGGGACAUAAAGCCUGACAAUUUCUUGAUGGGGCUAGGCAGGCGAGCAAAUCAGGUCUAUAUGAUUGACUUUGGUCUUGCAAAGAAGUAUCGCGAUCCCACUACUCAUCAGCACAUUCCUUAUAGAGAGAACAAAAAUCUUACUGGAACCGCUCGAUAUGCAAGUAUCAACACUCAUCUUGGUAUUGAACAAAGCAGGAGAGAUGAUCUGGAGUCUCUUGGAUAUGUUCUCAUGUAUUUCUUGAGAGGCAGCCUGCCUUGGCAAGGAAUGAAAGCAGGAACCAAGAAGCAGAAGUAUGAAAAAAUCAGUGAGAAAAAGAUGUCCACCCCUAUAGAGUUCCUUUGUAAAGCUUACCCGUCUGAGUUUGCUUCAUACUUCCACUACUGUCGGUCUCUUCGGUUCGAUGACAAACCGGACUAUGCUUACCUGAAGAGAAUUUUCCGAGAUCUCUUCAUUCGUGAGGGUUUUCAGUUUGAUUAUGUUUUCGACUGGACGAUUUUGAAGUAUCAGCAAACACAUUUUUCUGGUGGUCCUCUCCGUCCAGCGGCUGCGGCGGGAGGUUCAAGUGGAGCAGCAGCAGCAGCGGCAGCAGGAAUUGGUACAGUCCCAAGAGACGCCCAGCGAGCAAUUGAGCCUACUGAUGUUGCCGCUCGAACUCGAAUGGUUGGUGCGACUCGCUCUAGUGGAUUAAAUCCACUGGACGCGUCAAAGCAUAAGAGUACUAGCCCAGAUGAAGCCGCUUCUAAGGACAUAGCCCUUAGCGGUCUUGCAGAACCAGAGCGCACGCAUGCUUCUUCGUUUGUGCGGGGGAGCUCAUCAUCAAGGAGAGCUGUUGUUGGAAGUACUAGGCCAGCAGGGUCAACAGAGGCGGGAGAUGGAACGCGGGUGUUGGCUGGCAAAAUGGGCCCCACUAGCCUGCGCACAUCAGCAGGAAUGCAGAGGAGCUCUCCGGUGGCAUCUACGGAUCCCAAGCGGACGGUAUCUAACCACCAUCCGCCGCUUAGUAUGAGGGAUUAUGAAGCCGCCCUGUACGGAAUUGAGUCUCUUUCUGUUGAAAUGGAUCGAAAGCGAGUAAAGUAGGCCCCAGCCUGGUGGUUGUGCAGGGACGAGAUUCUUAUGCUGGAAACUCCGGAAGAAAUCCUAGUUCCUCUCGAAAUUCGAAAGAGUGAGCACAUUGGUUGAACUGGGUCCUGCAUCUUGUUCGAAGAGCAUUACAACUGUAUCUGACCUUGGUAUCUGCUGUGGUUUAGGAAUUUGGCCUUGUACUUGAUUUGAAGAACAGGUUCGUAAGAAAUUGAUCAAAUUUCAAUGUCGUGGGCGUCCAGUUCAGGAUAUGGUUGGUGGCUUGUGAUGGAUAUAUUAUCUGUUUCUAUCUUUGAAGGUGUUGCCCCCAGCCGUAUAGUUUUCAUCUUUCAUAGCUUGUAGUUGGCAAAGCCCAUUGCCAUCUGUCAAUAUUCAGAGUGUGGUUGAGGGAGCUGUUUAGCCUUCUAGAUAAGAGAUCUGGAUUGCGUUCUGGAUUGCUGCACAGACCUUGAAGAUUUGUGGCUGUUCGAGAUUAUGAAAUGAACAGCUUCCUAGAGCAAGUAGUAGCUGUUAUUGUGUACAUUGGUCUGUCGAAGUCGAAAAUGGCUUGUAUCAACUGAUUCGUUUAUUGGAUUUUUCCCCUUUUAGAAGCUUUUUGGCUCUUUAUUAAAAAGAAUACUUUUUAUUUUUUC